AUGUUGGGAAUAUGUCGAGGUCUCAUCCCUCCACGCCCAAAUUCGGCUCAAGUUUUGAAUAUGAAAGCCAGAGACUAUUCUCCACCAAGUAAUCCUCCUAUUGCGCAGCUAGAAUCUGCGCUCGCAUCAGAUAUUAUUGAACCGGAUGUGCCACCUGAGCCUGCAUCCGCUUCAAGCACUCCUCCGGAUCCCUCGCAAAUAGAUUAUGCCCCUGUUACGGAUGCGGAUAACCUACUGCCAUCAAGGCAUGUCUUUUUUUUCUUCACUAUGUGCAAGGAAGCUAGCAGAGAACCACCGAAAGUUCCAACUGUUGACGAGAUCGACACGCUCCCGGAUUUACUGUUAUUCAUCCAACUCAAUAAUAAUCCUCGUGCGAAAUUCUUCUUUUAUUCUUUGUUGUCAGAAAUAAUUGUUGCACAGUUUCAGGAGAAGCCAUGCGAGGAGACGGAAGAGGAUGGUAAACGAGAGGAAACGAAGAAACGUGAAAGUAAGAAGGAUGAAGAUAGCAAAGGAGAAACUAUGGAUGUGGAUGCAAUAGACUUCGAGUCGUUGAACAAACUUUCCAGCUUUGUUGGCGAGAGUGCUCGUGAUUUGCUGAAGCAAGCUGGAAAAGAAGCUACGUCUUCAACCUCUCCAUCUACACCACCCCCUCCGCCACCUCCGGCAUCGCAUGGUUUAGAAAUGAUCCAACAGGGAUUGACUCCAGCCGGCAACGUAGCAAAAAGCAAUCAAAAACCCGCUUCUGAAAUUCUUCCUGGACCGCCUCCAGUGCCACCGGUCUACGGGAACGAUCCAUCAGAGGGAGAAUCACGUCUAGAGCAUGAUGGUGUUAAAGCUCAAGAGCCAUCUAAUGUCACUCAAUUUGAGCCUGUUAAUGCUCUUCCUGCGCCACCUCCUCCUCCGGUUUCAGCAGGUCAGGUGAACAUAACAGCGCCUCCACCGCCUCCUCCUCCGCCGCCCCCACCAAAAGAUACCGCAUCGAAUAUGACCGGCGUUGCAGGACCUUCAAUACAGGCGCUCUCUGCAAUACCGCCUCCACCACCGCCAGGACACGGGGUAAUGCAAAACAGUGCGCAAACUCAGAUUCCACAUCCAGCAAUGCUUCCUGGUAUGUUCUGUCCCCCUCCGGGAAUGUUACCGCCAAGUCUUCCCCCGCCGCCAUUCAUGAAUGGGCUACCACCGCCUCUGCCGGGAAUGUCCAUCCCGCCUCCAGUGAUGCCAGUUGUGCCACGACCCAUGCCUCCUCCACCAGGCAUGCCUAUGCCACCACCAAUGGUACAUCUUCAAGCACCACCCAGACACAUGCAUCAGGGGCCUUCGCAACAGCCUGAACAAAAGUCUUUUUUCCCUUGCACACCUACAGGUCGAGCGGGGCCUAGUCAAGCCCCUCCUGGCAUUCCAGCUCCGCAGAUGGGACAGGAUGACGGUCAGCAGAAUCAGCGAUCGGGCGGAAAUCUGCCGCUCAAUCAGGAACCUUCGGCUUUCCCUAAAAUCGCUGCUUCGUUUCCACCACCUCCUUUCAUGGGAGCCUUCCCACCGUUUCCUAGUCAGUUGGGGCACAUGGACAACUCAUCGAAAAGCCCUCGAACGCCUAGUCCUGACAUUUCAAAGAAACAGAAGGAUGCGGAGAUUGAGAGGUUGAAAAGAGAUAUCGAAGAGCAGAAACGUCGAGCUGGACUCCAAGCAAGCCAGGUGUCUGAAAACCAUGGCGCGCAGUGUGAGGUUGUCCCACCGCGACCCAACCAAAAUGCAGGGACUUCCACUAGUGUUGAGGAAUCAUAUUCUUCAAAAAGCAAACCCGAAAAAGAACCUACCGACAAGGCCGAUAAUGAUGCCAUGGAUAUCGAUGCUGGAGAAUCAGAAGAUGAACACGCUGAAGUUUUCGGAAAUCAAAAUGCUGGUGGUGCAGAUGGAGGAGAUUCUCGAAAAGAAUGGACGUCGAGUGCCAUGGAUACAGGAGCAGGAGCUCCAGGAAUGCGAGAUGAACCUUUCAAUAUUCCAGUAGGCAAGUCCUUUUAUAUGAACAUUUUAUUUUCUAAUACUUGA